UAAUAUCAUCCUAUAAUAGAGUUAAAAUCCUUCACCGACAGAACAACCAGAAAGAAAAUGAAGAAACUCUUUUCAUCUAUACUUCUCAUUUCCGCCAUACUCGGCAUUGUCGCCGGUGUUCCCUCAAGAACGGGUAAAUCCGACGAAUCAGCUCACGCCAUUAUCAAAUCCGCAUGCAGCUCUACGCUAAACCCUAGCCAGUGUUUUUCAACAAUCUCAGUACUGUCUGCCGAAGCUACGAGCAAGAUAACGAGCACGAAGGAUGUGAUACUACUAUUAUUGAAUGUAACCGAGCCGACAGUUCACAAAACUUAUCGUAAAAUUCAGACUCUUAGCUAUGCAAGAAACUACACAAAACGAGAAAUUUCUGCUCUGCAAGACUGUAUGCAGAUGUUGAAUGAUACUGUAGAUGAGAUCAGAAAAAUUGUGAAGGAUCUUGAGGGUUAUCCUUCUUUGAAAAAAUCUGUAGCAGAACAUGCUGAUGAGCUUAAGAUACUGAUAAGUGCUGCCAUGACUAAUCAAGUAACUUGUCUUGAUGGGUUUUCUCAUGAUAAAGGAGACAAAAAGGUUCGUGAAUCCUUUAUGGAUGAUGAAAGGUAUGUCCACCGCCUGUGUGGAAACGCCUUAGCCAUGAUUAAGCAAAUGACAGACGCAGAUAUGGCCAACGAGCAAAAAUUCUCAUCGUCAUUGUCACCGGAAAGGAAGCUUGAAGAGGAAGAAUGGCCGGGAUGGUUAUCGGCCGGAGACCGUAGGCUACUGCAGGCCACAAAUCCGACUCCUAAUGUUGUUGUGGCAGCUGAUGGAAGUGGAAAUUUCCGGACGGUGUCGGAGGCGGUGGCUGCUGCACCGUCAAGGAGCAGCAGUAGAUAUAUUAUAAGGAUUAAAGCUGGGGUUUAUAGAGAGAAUGUGGAUAUACCGUCGAGCAAAACUAACCUAAUGUUCUUAGGUGAUGGGAGGAUGAACACUAUCAUUACUGCUAGCAGAAAUGUGGUUGAUGGCAGUACAACUUUCAAUUCUGCAACUGUGGCUGUUAAUGCGGACGGAUUCUUAGCCAAAGAAAUAACCUUUCAAAACACAGCUGGACCAUCGAAGCAUCAAGCUGUAGCAAUACGCGUAAGCUCGGAUUUAUCAGCAUUUUACAGAUGUUCAAUGAUGGCUUAUCAGGACACACUUUAUGUACACAGACUUCGUCAAUUCUAUAUCAGCUGCGUUAUUGUUGGUUCCGUAGAUUUCAUAUUUGGAAAUGCAGCAGUCGUGUUCCAAAACUGUGAUAUACAUGCCCGUCGUCCCAAUCCAGGCCAACGGAACAUGGUCACAGCACAAGGACGCGAAGACCCGAAUCAGAACACUGGCAUAGUUAUCCAAAAAUGCAGGAUCGGUGGAACUCAGGAUUUACAAGCGGUGAGCGGCAGUGUUCAAAGUUAUUUAGGCAGACCGUGGAAAUUGUAUUCGAGAACCGUUAUAAUGCAGUCUGAUAUAACUAAUAUUAUUCAUCCAGCCGGGUGGUUCAUGUGGGAUGGAACUUUUGCGCUUGAUACAUUGACUUAUAGGGAGUAUCAGAACACAGGAUUGGGAGCUGGCACAGCAAAUCGGGUUACGUGGAAGGGAUUCAAAGUGAUGACAAGUGCAGCUGAGGCUCAACCAUAUACUGCUGGUAAUUUUAUUUCAGGGGGUAAUUGGUUACCUGGUACUGGCUUUCCGUUCUCUCUUGGUCUGUAAACGGAAAAUUACAGAUUCUCGUGCUUUGACAUUUCCUUUCCAUUUCAUAAAUGAUUCUGAAGAAACUUUAUCUAAUAACCUAUUAUUAUAAAAAAUAACAUUGUUUCCCGUUUCA